GCCCAGCCCCCUCCCUUCCCCUCCCCCUCCGGGCCGAGUUCGGAGCACAAAGCCGAGCGCGCACGUUCCGGCGGCCCCGCGCCCCAAGAGUCAGCCUGCGCGGAGAACCGGGGAAGGGGUUGGGAACCAAACUUUUUCCUGUCCCAGAAUGGACACGCUUCCCGGCAGUCCAGCCUAGCCCCUAGGCACCAUGUCGGACAGCGAUCUAGGUGAGGACGAAGGCCUUCUGUCACUGGCUGGCAAGAGGAAGCGCAGAGGGAACCUGCCCAAGGAGUCGGUGAAGAUCCUCCGGGACUGGCUGUAUCUGCACCGCUACAACGCCUACCCCUCAGAGCAGGAGAAGCUAAGUCUCUCAGGACAGACCAACCUCUCCGUGCUGCAGAUAUGUAACUGGUUCAUCAAUGCCCGGCGUCGCCUUCUCCCAGACAUGCUUCGGAAGGAUGGCAAAGACCCCAAUCAGUUCACCAUUUCCCGUCGUGGGGGUAAGGCCUCUGAUGUGGCUCUCCCCAGAGGCAGCAGCCCCUCACUGCUGGCUGUGUCUGUACCGGCCCCCACCAAUGUGCUCUCCUUGUCCGUGUGUUCCAUGCCGCUCCACUCGAGCCAAGGAGAAAAGCCAGCAGUGCCCUUCCCGCAGGUGGAGCUGGAAUCCCCCAAGGCCCUGGUGACCCCUGGGAGCACACUCACUCUGCUGACUAGGGCCGAGGCUGGAAGCCCCACAGGUGGACUCUUCAACACGCCGCCACCCACACCCCCAGAGCAGGACAAGGAAGACUUCAGUAGCUUCCAGUUGCUGGUGGAGGUGGCACUGCAGCGGGCGGCUGAGAUGGAGCUUCAGAAGCAGCAGGACCCAGCGCCCCCGUUACUACACACUUCUCUCCCUCUGGUCUCAGAAAAUGCCAAGUAGGCACCUGCUACCAGGCUGCUUGAGGCUCAGGCCAGCUGUCUCGGGUUCCUGGUUCACGUCACGCAGAGGGUUAUCUGCAGAUCACUGCCAAGCAUCUGGGUCAUCUCUGUCGUCCAGAGGUCCUCAGCAGAAAGACAGCAGCUGGUGUCACUGCACUGUUAUGGGGGCCUGUACUCUGCUGACUACAUUCCUUCAAACUUCCUCUUUGAGGAGACCAAGACACCAGAGCCAGGCAUGGUGUUGCUGCUGCUUCUCCAGAGAGCCCUGGGACACCUGCACUCCAGCCUGCUUCCUAGGCAGGCUCAGGAAACCUGCCGGGUUCAGACCUGAGCUAGGUCCAAGCUGCCCCUAAGCUGUGCCUCUUUUGGUCAUGCCAGGUGUGCACAUUCCAACUUACUCAAAAGACAAAGGAAAGACCCAGCAGAAGUCACAGAACCGACUCCAGUUGAAUGUUUAGGUUUUUGCUAAAUUGUUUAUUUUCCUUUUGCUGUGGUUUGCAUUGAUGGCAGUAGGUAGCCCGGAAGGAAGCACGGGUGUGGGGAGAGAGCACCUUAUACGAUGGAGCUUUAUAUACGGGGUGAUCUACCGCUGCAUUGGGGAUGAUUGUAUAAGGGACCAGCAGGGUCUCUGCGACUGUACUAAAUUCCACCUGGAAGUGGUUGAUUGAUUCUUGGUUUGGAUUACUCUAUUGUAAAAGACUGAAGGAAAAUACCUACAGGUGUUGGAUUAUUUGCACCAGGCACAGAAGGGGAUAAAACCGAAGCCAAGUCCACCUGAACCAGACAGCCAUUUAGACAGAGACAGAUGAAAAAGCCAGAGACAUAUUGGGGUUUUGGUUGUUGUUUUGUUUUUGUAUUUUGGGGUGGUUAAACUAGACUGAAACAGUUUUUGUUUUCUUCUUUUGGGUAUCAUCUUUCCUGUGCGCCCCCCCCCCUUUUUUUUUUUUGUAACCUGUUUGGAUUCAUUCAGGAACUUUGUCCUAUAUCAAAAGCACCAGCAUCUCCUACUUUGGGAAAAGUGAGCAAUCUGCUGGUCAGGAGGCCCUUAAAACAUGCCACUUGAUCCCCAAAGAUAGCUGGAACCUUCCUGAGGGAAAGGGCUAGUCCAGCUACAGAUGGGCCCAUCACCUGGGAGCUGUGUCUGUUUCACCUCCUUCAAGUUGCAAUUUUAAGAGAUUGCCUAAAUUUCCCCCAAAACAGGUCACAUGUGUUUUCAAUCUCUCCCCUCCCUUUUUUACUUUGCUCUUUUGUUAGUUUUCAGCAACAGUUUACCCCAUCUUUAUAUAUCCUAAGAAACACUAAUCCUAGGUUUUAUUAACCAAAAUAUUUGCGUUCUGAAUAACCAGAUUUGAGGAGCUCUGACUGUAAUUUCCUGACAUUUAUUAGGUUGUGAACAGAGCAGGGACUCCUGGGUGUUCACUGACUUGGAGUGCCUGUCCCAGAGAGAUACACCAUUCUGGCCUUUUUUAGGGAGCCCCCUGCCACUCUUACAGGCUUCCCUACCUCUCCUAAGUAGCUUAGCCCCAUCCCUUACUGUGCAAGUAGGAACUUGAGACUUGUUCUCUGUGGGGGUUGCUUUCCUAGGCUGGAUCUCGUACCUCCCUCCAGGGGGUCUAGCAUCCUCAUCCCUUCCAGGCAUUUCUGGGGAAGGAUGAACAUGGCAGCUUCAUAGAGUUUGCUGUUUGCCCAUUUCUGCCCCCCGCUGUCUGUGAGCCUAGAUCCCAGGAUUGCUGCAGGAUACCUGUGGUCAGGGGUGAGUGGGAGCUUUCUCCCCCACAGUGCACUGAGCAGGGGAGGAGGGAGGGAGCCAUGCUGCUGACAUAUUCUGGCAUUCCCCCUCCUGGAAUAAAAUGGGGCAUCUGAGGGAUGGGGCAGUCUCUGCUUAGGUUGCUUGUAAGAAAUCUGGAGAAGUGUGGUUGUCCCAUUGAACAAUAUUUGAGCAAAAAACUACUGUAAAUAACUGGUUUUUGUCUUUUGUCAAAUAAAGUUGUUUGGUUUUAUUUUUAAAA